AGCCAGCGUGUGUGCAGGAACAGAGGAGACCAAGCCUGCUUCCCGAGAUCGAUGGGAGAAGCGCAUGGGAGCGUGCAGGAGCUGGCGGCGUCGCUGGACGCGCUGCCGCCGGAGUUCGUGCGCCCGGAGCACGAGCAGCCGGCCGCCACCACGUUCCCGGGCGGCGCCGCGCUGGACGUGCCGGUGAUCGACCUGUCGGAGCCCGGGAGCGGCGCGCGCGUUGCGGCCGCGGCGCGGGAGUGGGGGCUGUUCCAGGUGGUGAACCACGGCGUGCCCUCCCCGGUGGUGGCCGAGCUGCAGCGGGUCGGUCGUGAAUUCUUCGCGCUCCCGCGGGAGGAGAAGGAGCGCUACGCCAUGGACCCGGCCUCCGGGAGGAUCGAGGGCUACGGCACCAAGCUGCAGAGGGACCUCGAGGGCAAGAAGACGUGGAACGACUUCUUCUUCCACAUCGUCGCGCCGCCGGCGAAGGUCGACCACGGCGUCUGGCCCCGGAGCCCCCCCGGGUACAGGGAGGCCAACAAGGCGUACUGCCGCCACAUGCAGCGGCUGGCGGGCGAGCUGCUCGGGCACCUCUCGCUGGGGCUCGGCCUCGAGGAGGGCGCCAUGGCGGAGGCGUUCGGCGGCGGCGACCUGGUGUUCCUCCAGAAGAUCAACCUGUACCCGCCGUGCCCGCAGCCGGAGCUCACCCUCGGCGUCGCGCCGCACACAGACAUGAGCACGCUCACCAUCCUCGUGCCCAACGAGGUGCAGGGGCUCCAGGUCUUCAAGGACGGCCACUGGUACGACGCCAAGUACGUUCCCGACGCGCUCAUCAUCCACAUCGGCGACCAGAUCGAGAUCUUCAGCAACGGGGCGUACAAGGCGGUGCUGCACCGUACGACGGUGAGCAAGGAGAAGACGCGGAUGUCGUGGCCGGUGUUCGUGGAGCCGCCGGAGGAGCAGGUCGUCGGGCCGCACCCGCAGCUGGUAACCGGCGAGAGCCCGGCGAAGUACAAGGCGAGGAAGUACAAGGAGUACCAGCACUGCAAGAUCAACAAGCUGCCCCUGUAACUGGCCGGCCACGACAUGCGCGUUGCAGGGUGCACCGCGGUGCACGUUUCUAUGUCGUGUUGAAUAGCUGAUGACGAACGCUCGUGACUUCGUUGUUCUGUCCGUCGUUUCGAUCGUACACAUACCACGCUCAAUUAUUUAUUUAUUUAUUUAUUUUUGCUUUGGAGUGGGCCACCGACUGUGGGCUAGUUAUCAUCUACUACUUUCUUGUUUGUAAGACAUAAUGGCCCGGCCUUGUUUGGCUUAAAUAACUGUAGUAAAUGGGUGUUUCAAAAAAAACCUGCAGUAAAUGGGCCUCUAUUGAGAUUUGAGUUUGGAAGGCAGCAUGGGCUUUUGCAGUGCCGGCCCUAAAGUCACAAGGGGUCCAAGCUCAGAUAUGUAUUAUGUACGUACGAUAUGAUUACUGAUUAGUUGGUCUAUUGAUCGCACUCUAAGAGGCCAAAGGCUAAGUAUUAAAGGUGUUGUAAGUAACUUUGCCAGAUUCUUUGAUGUCAGUGCUUGAGAUUAUGAAAUUUGUUAUGGUUGCAGAUUGCUA